UGAUGUUGAUAUUUUCCCGUGAGAUGACUUGAGACAAGCUUUCCAGAUCUUGCCAUUUUCAGUUCUCAAUUGUCAAUGUCCGGUUGUUUGGUUCAAAAACAUCCCCAGAUGCCGCAUGCCAGUAUGGGCCGAAGCCAGCAUCCGGCUGGGCCAACCCAACCCAAGUCUGCCGCAUUUGAGCUCACGACCAUAGAGCGUGCAGACCUGGAUCCUUUGCUGUUGGAGCCAUACGUGGUUACGCCGUCGACAACACAGCGCUGCGAACAGGAUGGCACCGCGGCCACAAGCGUCUUGCGAGAGACAUGGCGAGAAGUUCGCAGGGACUUGUGCGCAAUCCGGUGGGGAAGGGGAGGCCUUUGGUUCCUGUUCUUAUUCUGGAUCGUUGGCCUGUUGAUGUGUAUGAUCAUAAUGACUAUGAUCUGGAGUGGCGACUCUAGUUCCGCAUGUCUUCCAGAUGGCACUUUCUCCUUCUCUACACAGUAUGAUCAUUGGGACAUCAGCGGCUUCUUCCAGAUUACUUCUGGGUUUGGCCAGUUGACCUUCUCGCAAGCAAAAGCUGUGGAUAUGGUGUGGGAUGUUGCUAUUGGCAGAAUCGGCCAGACAAUUCUGGCUGUCUUCUCAUGGAGAGCCUUCUCUCUCCACAUCAAAACAUCGCUCGAAGAAGGGCCGGAAACCAGAACCGUGUCCUACCACACAUAUUGGACAAUAUAUCUGCAAGACAGCAUUUCAAUGAUGGGAGUUUUUGGCGUAAUAAGAGACUUUCUUGCUCGAAGAAGACUGAAGUCAAAAAUGGCCAUGAUCUUCAUGGUCGCCACAAUGCUCUUCGUCUUGGCUUGGCCAACUGUCGCCAGCGCAAUGACGGGUUACGACAGCAAUAACGUCGCUUUCAUCAAGAUCAGGGAUGGAUCGCUCAUAAGAUUCAACUCCUUCCAACCUCUGCUGCAUAUCAUUCAUGACGGGAGCAGGCUACCUGGUCUGACGGAUGAGUACCUAGUUCCGUGCUGCAGCGGAACAAACGGUGACGAUCCUACAUUCGAAAUGCAGAUCGCGUCAUGUUCUUGCAAUUACAAAGAUGAAAUAUACUUUUUGGGCGAGAACGCCUCUGCUUAUACGGACAAUUAUGGAUUCUUCGGUUUAAACAACACCAAUUCGACCUGGCCUCAGGGUGAUAUUAAUCUUCCCAGCCCCGUACUGAACAUCUCAAGAUCCCCCGUAUCGAGGUAUAGUUUCGGUACUGAAGGGACCAGCCGCUUCUGGGUUGACCCGCGUACGGGUCAAAGACCAUUCCUAGAUGACAAGCAGAUGUCCUACGUCUAUAAUAAUGAGUCGUACGAUUACGACUACAUUAUAACGCAUGGUAAUGGCCAGUGUCAACCCAUUGGCACAUAUAAAUGGGGAUUUUCGUACUUGCAAGCAUUCAUUGCUCUGCUCCUCAUGACCAUCUGGUCAGUUAUAGUCUUCGUGAUGUGGCUCAAGGCUCACCUGAAAUUGUCGCGCCGAGGGCCAUACGAGAUCCCCAAUCGAUACAAGGCGGCAAUCAAAUUGACCAGGUCCAUCGCCCUGGAUUUUGGCGAUGCUGACAUGGCUUAUGGCCUGUCGAACAAGGAGUUUACCUCGCACCUCAGGCGGCAUCUGAAGGGCGGGAGGGUUGGAGCUGAUCCGGCCAUGGCGCUGGGAAAGUACAGCUUGAGCUUCCGCGGUUUCGGGGGCUGGGUAGCCAGGGAGAAGUGGUGGUUCUCCGCCGUCGUGCUGUGUACCCUAUUCUGCUGCGUCGGCUGGAUGCUUCCCCUCGCUGCCUGGAGUCUUCUCUGGCUGGCGGUCUGGGCAUGGCCUGUUCUUGCUUUUGCCUUAGCCGUCGGGACUACAGGUCGGUCCCGCCUCUUCCUCUCUGGCUGCUGGCUGGCCAUCGGGGUAGCUUGGAUUGUUCCGCUCUGGGAACAGCGGUGACAAGACUUGUAUAUAUUGAAUUAAUUAUCUAAGCUCCUCCACUAUGCCAGACCGACAUUGGCUGGCUGCAUGUGUCUUGGUAGAGACAAUUGAGGCGUAUGCACAACAGGAUGGUACUGGACCCGGGUCCAAAUGCCUAGGUACUUCUCUGGCUGAAUGAAUAAUUAUCCAAAGGCAAGUUCCGUGACCAUGCUGUCUGCGGAAUAUGAACUGAUUCAGAGUCGCGAUGCGGCGGCUCCAUUCCGUGCUCGACCGGCGGCUCCGGUGCCAAGACGCGCCUGGCGAAGCUCUGCCCUGUGGAGCCUAGUGAGCGAUUGCAUCAUACCCUCACUGACCCUCACAAGGGUAGCUGUCGAUCCGUGGAUGGACAACAUCUCUUGUGUGGAAUAACGCGCCGGGAAGCUGGGUUGGUCGCAGCUCACACGUGCGGUCCCUGGCAGUACGGCAGGAUGACUGAGUAAUGGUGGUCGAUGAUCAUCGUAAAAGCUAAAUUCCGCUAUAUGUAAGCCCAGGAAAUGGCAUCAUCACAGCAUCGUGUGCAAGUGGGGAGCCGGCUCCGUUCGACACACAAAAAGCUGCCCCUCCUCCCGGCCCAUUGACCCCGCGAUAGUUAUUGUUCAAGCUCAUCACACCACCACAACUAUCUUGCAUCUCAUACCAUAGCAUAUUGCCCAGACUCUGUCCGUAGUGAACGUCACCAUCAAAUCAUCAUGAGCAAGCACGUCCUCGUACUCGGCGGCCACGGCAAGAUCAGCCAGCUGCUAACCCCAAUCCUGCUGAAGAAGUCGUGGACCGUCACCAGCAUCAUCCGCACGGAGGAGCAGGUCCCUGCCAUCAAGAAGCUGGGCGAGAGCCUGCAGGGCAAGCUUAACGUCCUCGUCCGCAGCAUCGAGGAGGUCAAGAGCGAGUCGCAAGCCAAGAGCAUCCUGGACGAGGUCAAGCCCGACUAUGUCUUCUGGAGUGCCGGCGCAGGAGGGAGAGGAGGAGCUGAGCGGACAUUCGCCGUCGACCGCGACGCCGCCAUCCACUUCAUCAAGGCCUCGGCCAACACACCAGGAAUCACCCGCUUCCUAAACAUCUCAUACCUCGACUCGCGCCGGAACAAGCCGAGCUGGUGGACCGACGACGACUGGAAGGCCGCCGAGGAGGUAAACUACAAGAUCCUCCCCAACUACUACAUCGCCAAGCUCGCCGCGGACGAGGCGCUGUACCAGGAGUCCGCCAGGCGGGGCAAGGACUUCGUCGGGAUCAACCUGCGGCCGGGGACGCUCACCACUGACCCCGCGGGCAAGGUGGAGCUGGGAAAGACCAAGAGCAGCAGGGGCAAGGUGAGCAGGGAGGCCGUGGCGCAGGUCUCUGCCGCGCUGCUCGAGGCCGAGGGCGUCAGGAACAGCUGGAUCGACCUGCUGGACGGCGACGAGGAGAUCGGCGCCGCGGUGCAGAGGGUGGUGGCGGAGGGGGUGGAUGCUGCUGAGGAGGACCCUGUGUAUGGCAAAUUGUAAAGGGGUAAUGAAUACAUGAUAUUUCAUGUCAAUUGUGUCGUCCACCAUUCCUGGUAGUUGUCGUGCCUCAAUGGCUUGAUGGACAUCAUGUGGGACACCGACAUCUGGAUGCACACACAGCACGGGCAUAAAGCUAAGGGGUAUCUCUCCUCUAUUCG